CAAAACUUUUUUCUGCAACUUUCUCUUUGUCUCUGUCACUUUGCUAGAAAGAUAUGUGAUUGGCAUGAGCCCAAAGCAUCUACUUUUAUAGGCUAAAGUAACUUGAAUCUCAAGUUUGGAUUGCAAUUUCGAAACUGGUUAGGAUAUGGAAACUGUCUAUCCGAUGCUCGAACGGUUUAGCCUGCUUUCUAAUAUUUGUACUGGACAUUCCCAGCUAAUACCGGCUUGCUAGAUGUCCAGAUCCUUCGAAAAAGCCCACUUUGUAACAAAAUUUAUCAGAUUAUAUCCCGAAAGUGAUUCUUUUUUUCUUCAAUUUAGCCUAUUUUUAGACAAUAAAUCAUUCGAGUCUUGACCAACUGUACCCGUGGUGCCCAAGCCAAACUCUCUCUCUAAAAUACCCCCAGACUCCUUCACUCGAUCUCUGAAAGGGGAAGAAGAACUCAAAAGGUAAAGCAAACCAGAGAAAAAAUGUCGUCUCGAUCGAGUAGAGGGGGAUUCAACAAUAAAUCUCAGCAAAAAUAUGUACCCAAAAAUCAGAAUUCAAAUUCGAGUUCAUCUUCUUCCAAUCCACCUCCACUCACAACUUCUCUAAGAGAAAUUCAUACAUCAACUUCUUCCUCUUCUGCUUCGACUUCAAAUUCUAGGGUUAAAAUUGGGGAUAAUGGAAAGGAUUGGGUUGCUAAACAAAGUGGUAGUGCUGGUGGUGGUAAUUAUGUACUUUACUUGCCACAAGAUGAAGCUAUUGCUUCUGGAUUAGGUGCUGAACAUGGAGCUUCGGAUCCUGUUGAGUCUCAAAGAGCUGUGGACCUUCUUAAUAGAGAGUUGUCUAGGUUGCUUAAGUCAAAACCUAGAGAUUUCUGGAAAGAAGUUGCCAGCGAUACUUCGUUGCAUGAAUUUCUGGACAGCUUUUUAAAGUUUAGGAAUAGAUGGUAUGACUUUCAGCAUCAUGGAGCCAAGGGAAUAGUGGCUGGAGUCAUUGUUGGGGAGUUUGAGUUAAGCCGUCGUGUUUUCAUGGUUUUGUACCGCAUAUCUUCCAACAAGGACCCUGGAGCCGUUUCCUCUGAUAGCCUGAGCCCGAAAGAGCAUGGAGCCCUUCUGCAGGAAAAAAAACUGCUUGACGUGCCAAAGUUAAUAGAUAUCUGUGCCAUAUAUGGACAUGAAAAUGAGGAGCUGACCAAUUUAUUGGUUAUGAAUGCUGUGAAAGCUCAGCCAAGUCUUCAUGAAAAUCUAACAUCAGUUGUCUCUCGCUUCCUGCACAUUACAUACACUACGCAUCAGCGCUGCAACUCAUCACUAGAGGCUCGAUUUUCCUCUGGACAGUCUGGAGGUGCUGAAGAUAUUGACUGUCGUCUCAUUUCAGAUUUGUCAGAGGUAAUGGACCUCCUAAAUGAUGCAGUUGUAUCACUUGAUGCUUUUGUUAAUGCAUACAAACCUGCAGCAUUGUACUUUUCUUGUGCCGCUGAAGUGAGUGAUGGAAAUGGGGAACUGCUCAGUACCCUGGCAAGAUUGCAUGAUUCACUGUUACCAUCUUUACAAAAAGGCCUUAGACAUAUUUUUUCAUCUGGAACGAAGGAGACUCAAGACUCAAUUAGUGACAAACUUCCAAAUCUUGCCAUUGGUUUGAAGAUGCUGUCGGUCAGACUCGUUAGUUUGGGUUGGAAACUACUAGAGUCCUGUUACUUGAGUGAUGAAUUGUUUGAAGGGAGCCUUCCUCUUCCCCAUCUCACAAAGAUGUUUCCUGCUAAAGUUGAUGAUCCUGGAAUCAGAGGGGACAUAUUGGUUCAAACAUUCAAAGAACUUAAUGAAGAAGUUUCGCACCAUUUCUGGGAGAACAAGAACAGUGGGACAUUUCUUCAGAAUGUUGAUAAGUAUUACAAGAUAUUAAGCAGACUCAACGACCUCCGAUCUCUAGGAUGGAUUUUCAUUGAUGAAGAACAGUUUCAGUAUAUAUCUCUUAUCGCGGCGCCUAAUUUUCCACCCCAGACUAUGAAUAAUAGGGAGUCUGUGCCAAUUACUACGGGUAAAAGCAUGCAUAUGGAUGACGAUGCUGCAGUUACAGAGUCCAAGAUCAGUCAAGUAAAAGACCUUUUCCCUGAUUAUGGGAAAGGCUUUCUUGCUGCCUGUCUUGAAGUCUAUAACCAUGAUCCAGAAGAGGUGAUUCAGAGAAUAUUAGAAGGAACUCUUCAUGAAGAUCUACAAUCCCUGGAUAUUUCAUUGGAGACAAUGCCAACCCCCAAGUCUUCUCUAUCUAAGAGCAGGAAUGACAAAGGCAAAGGAAUUCUUAUAGAACAUACUAGCAAAACCUCUACAAAUGUUGUCAGUCAAGUGCAGGAACAGCGCCCUGAAGUAUCUUUAUCUUCAUUUGGGCGAUUCACCAGAAAGUCCAGGGUUGAUUCCAUAAACUCCAAACCCCUGGAUUUGAGAGUUGACAAAGACACUGCUAAGGCUGCAAUUCUUGCUUCACAAUACGAAUAUGAAGAUGAGUACGAUGACUCUUUCGAUGAUUUGGGUUUGAGUUUUGUAGAACCUGGGUUUGAAGAGACGGAGACUUUGAGAGAUAGAAUUAGCUCAUCCAUCCCAGAAAAAUCUUUGGGAGGAGACAUCGAAAGACCUGGCCAAAGUAAAUCCGCUGGUGGUGCAAAAUGGAAUACCAAGAAGACCCCUCAAUUCUAUGUCAAAGAUGGGAAGAACUACAGCUACAAAGUUUCAGGUUCAGUUGCAGUGGCAAAUUCUCAGGAAGCUGCAUUACUAACUCAAACCCAAAAAGAAACGAUUCAUGGGCUUGGACGUGGUGGUAACCUUCCAGUUGGGGCAGUAAAAGUGAUGAACGAGUUAAAUCACCACCAGCAGAAACAGUCGGAGGAAGGUAGAAAUCCACCAAAUACGUGGGGCAGGGGGAAAAGAGGAGGUGGUGCUAAUCCCCAUCAACAAGACUCCAGAGGUGGGGAUACAAGAGAAAGCGGAAAUCUAGAUAACAUCAGUAUGGGGAGGGGAGGAAGAGGAGGUGGUGCUAAUCAACAUCAACACGGUUCUAGAGUAAGUAAUUCCGAAUCAAGUGGAAGUUCUGAAAACUUCAGUAGAGGGAGGGGAGGAAAAGCUGGUGGUGGUGGAGGUAAUCACUAUCAGCAUCAACAGGGAUCUAGAGUAAGCGGUCCAGAAGAAAGCGGAAACUCGGAAAAUUUCGGUAAGGGAAGAGGAGGUGGUGCUAAUCACAAUCAGCAUCAACAAGGUUCUAGAGCAAGCCGUCCCGAAGAAAGUGGAAAUUCAGAAAACGUAAGUGGGAGUAGGGGAAGAGGAAGAGGAGGCGGUUCCAAUCACAAUCAGCAACAGCAGGACUCUGAAUUUGAGGAUUCAGGGGAAAAUGGAAAUGCAGAAAUCCGUAGCAGUGGUAGAGGUAGAGGAGGAAGAAGAGGAGGGGGCAGGCACAAUCACUACAGGAAGGAUCAGGCGAUGAAGAAGCACUUUUCUGGAUUAGGUCUUUGACUUUAACUAUGGAGUUUUACAAAUUCACUUCCAUUUCUGAAAUUUUGUUAGGCGCCCACGAGAUUUUUUUCUUUUCUGGAAGUUAGCAUUGUGUCAAAUGGAAUAUACUACUUCGGGAGAAAGAUGUUUUUCUUUUCU